AUGGCGCAGAAAGGAGUUCAGCUGGACCGAGAAUCCUUCUCUUGUUCGAUCUGCCUGGAUCUACUGAAGAAUCCGGUGGCUAUUCCCUGUGGUCACAGCUACUGCAUGAACUGUAUUAAAAGUCACUGGGAUGGAGAGGACGUGAGGAGAGAGUACAGCUGCCCUCAGUGCAGGCAGACCUUCAAACCGAGGCCUGUCCUGGGGAAGAACACCAUGCUGGCAGAUUUAGUAGAGAAACUGAAGAAGACUGGACUCCAAGCUGCUCCUGCUGAUCACUGCUAUGCUGGACCUGAAGAUGUGUCCUGUGAUGUCUGCACUGGGAGAAAACUGAGAGCCAGUAAGUCCUGUCUGUUCUGUUUGAUCUCUUACUGUGACGAACACCUUGAGCCUCAUUUUGAAUUACCGGUCUAUAAGAAACACAAGCUGGUGGAGCCCUCCAAGAAGCUCCAGGAGAACGUCUGCUCUCGUCAUGAUGAGGUGAUGAAGAUGUUCUGCCGUACUGAUCAGCAGUCUAUCUGUUAUCUCUGCCCUGAGGACGAACAUAAAGGACACGACACAGUCUCAGCUGCAGCAGAAAGGACUGAGAUGCAGAGAGGGCUUGAGGGGAGUCGACUAAACAUCCAGCAGAGAAUCCAGGAUGGAGAGAAAGAUGUGAAGCUGCUUCAACAGGAGGUGGAGGCUAUCAACCGCUCUGCUGAUAAAACAGUGGAGCACUUUGGGAAGACUUUCACUGAGCUGAUCCGUCUCAUGGAGAAAAGACGCUCUGAUGUGAAGCAGCAGGUCAGAUCCCAGCAGAAAACUGAAGUGAGUCGAGUCAAAGAGCUUCAGGAGAAGCUGGAGCAGGAGAUCACUGAGCUGAAGAGGAGAGACGCUGAGCUGCAGAAGCUGUCACUCACAGAGGACCACAACCAGUUUCUACAGGACUACCCCUCACUGUCAGCACUCAGUGGAUUUACACACCCAUCAGGCACCAAGAUUCGUCCUCUGAGGUACUUUGAGGAUGUGACAGCGGCUGUGUCAGGAGUCAGAGAUAAACUACAAGACGUCCUGAGAGAGGGAUGGACAAACAUCUCACAGACAGGGACUGAAGUGGAUGUUUUACUGUCACAACCAAGAGCAGAACCGGAGCCCAAGACCAGAGCGGAGUUAUUAAAGUAUUCACGUGACAUCACACUGGAUCCAAACACAGUGAACACACGGCUGUUAUUAUCUGAUGGGAACAGAAAAGCAACAUUGAUGGCAGAAGAACAGUCUUAUUCUAGUCACCCAGAGAGAUUCAUUGAACGGUGGCAGGUCCUGAGUAGAGAGAGUCUGACUGGACGUUGUUACUGGGAGGUGAAGUGGGUAGGACGUGGACUUCGUCUGGCAGUGGCAUACAAGAGUAUCAGCAGAGCAGGGAGUUGGAACGAGUGUGGUUUUGGACUAAAUGAAAAAUCUUGGGCAUUAGAUUGUAAAAAAAACUAUUAUAUCUUUUGGUACAACAACAUCCAAACUCGAGUCUCAGGUCCUCGGUCCUUCAGAGUAGGAGUGUACCUGGAUCACAGUGCAGGUGUUCUGUCCUUCUACAGCAUCUCUGACACCAUGACUCUCCUCCACAGAGUCCAGACCACGUUCACUGAGCCUCUAUAUGCUGGACUGUGGCUAGGUUGGAGUGUGCCUGGUGACACCAUAGAGAUGUGCAAACUGAAAUAGAAGAUCCACAUAACAAAGUGCUUGCAAAGUGAGACAGAUACGUAUAAGAUCAUCAUUUUCAAAGGGAGCAUGAAACCCAGACUCUUUAGUACAGGAGAAGAUAAGGGCCACUAGAAAGCCAAAAAAAUGAAGGUACUUUUUUUUCUAAUUCUGAGAUUUGAGUCAGUGUCAAAACUUCAACUUUUUUUCCUCAGAAUUCUGAGAUCAAAGUCAAAAUUCUGACUUUUUCUAAAAAUUUCUACUUUUUUUCUCCAAAACCUUGAGUCCUUUUAGAAGUAAUCAGUAAAAUCUUCAAAUCUUUUGUAAACCAUGUUGAUUAUUAAAACUCUAAUUAUGUAUUUGAAGUGAUUGUAGGAGAAAAGGCUUCUGGAGCUUUUUUUUAAAUAUAUUUUGUACUCAAUGCAUCGAAGAUCUUUACUCACUUUACACACUUGGUCUGGGAAUUGAACACUUGAAGUUCUGGCUGCACUGGUUCUCUGUGUGUUUGGGUCUUGUGACAGCCAAGGGGAAAGUUAGAAAUCAAAUAACUACUUUAAUGUUGAGAUAACUGCCUUGAGUACAUAUCAGUGACAUAUUUUGUUGAUUUGUCUCUUUAUUUUAAUAACAGUCGACUUUUAUUUACAAAUGUUUAGAUUUUUUGGUUGUGCUUUGUUCUACCUCUGGUAGGGUAUCUGAAAACCAAAGUCUUGUUGGUGGGUUUGUUUCUUUAAUGACAGACGUUUAGAUGGAAUAGCAUAAACAUGUGAUUGUAAACAAACACUAUAAUUAAAGGGUUAAUGAUUU